AUGCAGUUAACACGUAAUUUUUUAAAAAAAUUAUUAACAGAAGUAAUUAAUUUUCUCAUCUCACUUCCUUCUAAGUACCCACAUCAGACCCACGUCUUCCUCUCCGGAAACCACGAUUUCGCCUUCGCUGCUUUCCUCGGCCUAGUCCCUCAGCCGCCCGACGGCUCGGAGUUCGCCGAGGCUUGGAAGGAGUACGAAGAAAAUGAGGAGAGAGAAGGGUGGUACAAAGGAGAAGGGUAUGAAAAUAUGCAUUUGCAGGGAAGGAGAUGGUCUGGGAAAAUCAAGGCCAAGUUCAACGUAGCCAAAGGGAUGGACUAUAAAGGAUCCAUUUAUGACGCUGCCCCAACUUUUGAAUCUUAUGGUGUUCCUCAUGGCUCUGCUGAUUUGGUUCGGGCAGUUCCUGAUGAGCACAAGAAAUUUCUUGCUGACAUGGUUUGGGUUCAUGAAGAGGUAAAAUGGAUUCUUGAGUUUCUAUUUUAA